UUUUUUUUACCUAUCAGGCAUUUCGAUUAUAUAAGUUAAGUGCAAAUGGCGUUACGUUUAAUUUCAUUAAAUUAUGAUCGAAGCAAACUUACCAAGUUAAUUUUCAAGGUAGCCUAUAAUCAAAAAAGACUCUGGAGAUACUCAAGUAGUUCCGCGACUAAGCCAUCAGUGCCUUUUUUGGAUACGCCAAGUCCGGUAUUCUCUACUCAAGCCUUAAACCACCAUUGGGGGGCAUGGCCGUGUGCAGUUGUUUUGGUUGUUGGCCUUGCCUGUGAGUUGCUGGGCAUAAUAUACAUUGGAGUAACGCGAAAUGAUGUCUGGUAUACUCAAGAUCCAGCGCCUUGCGAAACUGUUGAGACGCGCAAAGGAUAUCAGCCGCCUAUAAGUAAAUUUAAGAUCAUCAAUCAGAAGUGGGAGUAUUCACCGAGACUUCUUGAGGCGUGGCAAGGAGAUGUCAAUGGUCCCCCAAUUCCAGCUGAAGAUGACAAAAAGAAAAAGAAGAAGUAGGUUAAAAACCUGAAGAUCCGACCCUAGCUGAAUUCAGGCAUGGUUUUAUUCUGUCGCGAUAUUCGAACAAGGCUCCCAACCAAAUUGAAACAUUGAAAAAAGAAGUAGACCACUAACCAAGAAUAUCCGACCGUACCCAAUUUGGUUCAUAUUUUUAUACUCUGAAAAGAGAUUUGUAUUAAGUUGCUGGAUUGGUAUAAUGGAUUCUCAUAUAUGAUCCUUAGUUUUAUAUUUACAAUUCAAAGUAUCGCUUAUUUUUUGUAAAUAAAAAAGCCAUUGUGCUCUAUGAUUACAA